AUGGAUGCAGCUACUUUGACAUACGACACAUUGCGAUUUGGAGAGAUUGAAGAUUUUCCUGAGACCUCAGACCCAGUGUGGAUCUUGGGAAAAGAGUAUAAUGGCCUCACAGAAAAAGAAGAUAUUUUAUCAGACGUCACCUCAAGGCUGUGGUUCACAUACAGAAAGAAUUUCCCCCCGAUUGGUGGGACAGGGCCCACGUCUGACACAGGAUGGGGGUGCAUGUUACGGUGUGGACAGAUGAUUUUGGGGCAGGCUCUGGUGUGUAGACAUCUAGGCAGAGAUUGGACAUGGACCAAAGGCCGCAAACACAAAGAAGAGUACGUCAGUAUACUCAAUGCCUUCAUUGACAAGAAGGACAGCUAUUAUUCUAUCCAUCAGAUUGCUCAAAUGGGAGUGGGAGAAGGAAAACCAAUUGGUCAGUGGUACGGACCGAACACAGUGGCCCAAGUCCUAAAGAAGCUGACAGUGUUUGAUACGUGGAGCCGGUUGGUCGUACACGUGGCGAUGGACAACACCGUGGUCAUAGAAGAGAUCAAGCGUCUGUGCAUGCCGUGGCUCGAGGAAGCAUGUCUGGAGGGGGCAGGGGCCAUGAACGGCUGCCUGGAAGGAGCCUGUGCUCUGGCUGAAGAGGAGAUGACUCUCUGGAGACCUCUGGUUCUGCUCAUACCACUCAGGCUGGGACUGAGUGACAUCAACGACGCGUAUAUCGAACCACUGAAGCAAUGCUUCAUGCUGCCCCAGUCCUUAGGCGUAAUUGGGGGCAAACCCAACAGUGCACAUUACUUCAUCGGUUUUGUCGGUGAGGAGUUGAUCUACUUGGACCCUCACACUACGCAGCCUGCAGUGGAUCCCGCUGACGACGGACAGGUCCCAGACGAGACCUACCACUGUCAGCACCCGCCGUGUCGCAUGCACAUCUGUGAACUGGACCCCUCCAUCGCAGCGGGCUUCUUCUUCAAUACAGAAGACGAGUUUGACGACUGGUGUAUGCGAAUCAGACGGAUCUCUUGCAACAGAGGUGGUUUGCCUAUGUUUGAGCUGGUGGACUCUCAGCCCUCGCAUUUGGUCAGUGUGGAUGCCCUCAACCUCACCCCUGAUUUUUCAGACUCUGACAGACUGGAGCGAUUUUUUGACUCCGAAGACGAGGAGUUUGAGAUCCUCUCCCUGUGA